AUGUUUACAAAGUUUCUUAACAGUGUUUUACUGAUAGGAUUUUUUGUGGCAUUAAAUAAUACUUUAGUAAUUGUUUCACAAAAUCAUCCGAAAAAUCAAUCGCUAUAUUUGUGGCAAAAUCUGAGUCUAUAUGCAAACAAUUGGAGUAAAGAUUUUGUCGCAAUUCAUAAGUCAUUUGUCGAAGAAGUAGUUCAAUCAAGUAAUGUAUCGCAUAGUUGUUCACAAAGUAUAUCCGCAACUCUAGAGGCAAUCGAUAGACUAGAAGACUGGUCACUAUUGAUGGCCAAUUCCUGGCCAACAAUACCACCAAUAGGUAUAUUUGAAGGAACAGUUACCGACUUAGGAGCCUAUGAUCAAUGUUUGGCUAUUGUUGAUAAUGAGGUGUUAGGAUCAGCUCAGUAUUGUUUGCUAGACUUCAAGUUUCCAUUACCCGAACCGAUGGCCAAACAACACAAUUUGUUUCAUCAAAUUAAUGAUUUACUUCCGGCUAAUAAUAGUUCACAAAUUAACACAACAAACAAUGCAUUGAAUAUUAUUGCAAAAGAGGCGUCAAUUUUCUAUUGGAUUUCAUUACGAUUAGGCAUUUGUACGCCAAAUAAAUGUAAUACUAAUGAUAUCUCAACAAUGGCUAAAUAUGUAUCAGCUAAAUCAGGAGUUCAACUAAAGUCAGUUAAUUGUGAACUAAAAUCCAAAUUAUCUUUAAAACCUAUACAUGUUUUUGCAAUAUUAUUUAUUUUGAUUUUCUGUGCGAUGUGUACUUUGGGUACAGUUUGCGAUGCAAUAACUAAUUUUAAAAAAAAUUCAAAUGGAUAUACAUUUAUAAAAAUAUUUUCAUUGAAUCAAUCUGUUCAUCGAUUGCUAGCUCCGACCUUAUCAUCGGAUCUGUCGUGUAUUCACGGUAUACGAGUCCUGUCCAUACUAUGGAUACUAUAUGGACACACCAUUCAGUGGAAUAACCAUCAACUGUCCGCCCAAAGUUUUUACGGAAAACAUUUAUUAACACAAUUCAUGGCUCAGCCCUUAUUGAAUGGAGAGUAUGGUAUCGUCACUUUCCUAUUGAUUAGUGCUAUCCUAACAACCUAUAUAUGCUUAACUGUGACAAACAAUAAUCGUAAAAAUUUUUCAAUCAUUGGAUACAUUGUAUUACGUUUGGCCCGACUUUGGCCACAAUUAAUGAUAUUUAUAUUGUUGACAUUUUUGUUGCCACUGAUCGGUUCGGGUCCUGUCUGGUCGGAAGUUGUGGGCGACAAUGUUAGCAAAUGUAUGGACAAUUGGUGGCUAAAUAUGCUAUUCAUACAUAACCUCUAUAGAUCCGAUCGCAUGUGCGCUAUCCAUACGUGGUUCAUAGCACUUGACUAUCAAUAUCACAUAAUAGCAAUUUUAAUAGUUUUGGCAUUUUUGGCAAAUAAAAAGUUAGGUAUAACAUUGAAUGUGAUAUUUAUUAUGACAUUUCUAGUAAUUUCAUCGACACUCUGGUAUGUCUAUGAACUGCCUCCGGCUCUCAUAAACACAGGUCGCACUGAAUAUUUUGAACAAUACUUUAGUUUUACAAUACAUAAAAUACCCGGGUCGUACGGAACAGUCUACUUUAUUGGUACUCUUGUUGGUUAUGUUAUAUAUGCUAAUAAGAGUAUUAAAAUAAAUAAAACUUGUUUGACACUAAUAUGGACAACAAUACUAUUGGCUUAUUGUAUGCCAUUGUGGGACAAAGUUUAUUGGAUGUACGGCCGCCACUACACGCCAUUAGUCGGUACUAUUGGCUAUCAAAUGUUUCAACUGAUUUGGUCGGUGUGUACAUCACUAAUGAUAUGGCUGUGUGUAUCUGGCAAUGGAGGUCUGGUCAACCAAUUGCUAUCAAUGAAGCCGUUCAUACCGUUAGGACGGCUCACAUAUUCAGUGUAUUUAUGUCACGCUUGGCUGAUAUGGUAUUAUGUCGGUACCCGACGACACUUGACUGAUGUCUCUCAGUAUAAUAUUUUGAUAAAUUUCACUCACAUUACAGUCAUGUCAUAUAUUACUGGUUUUAUAUUUUAUGUAUUGUUUGAAUCGCCUAUAAUUGAGUUACAAAAACAUUGA